AUGGCGUCAGAGCUGGUGCGUUUUAACGAAGAAACAAAGGGAUUUGAAGUAUCUUCUCAAGCUGUAAACGUUCUGAGAUCUCUGACUGGACCGAUAUGCGUCGUCGCGGUCUGCGGUCGGGCUCGGCAGGGAAAGAGCUUCCUGCUCAAUCAGUUGCUGGCUCGUUUGCAAGGUCCCGUUACUGGCCCACAACCGACAGCUUCUCGCAGGUUUGCAGUUGGCAGCACGGUGAAGCCCUGCACGAAAGGCCUAUGGCUCUGGUCCCGACCUAUACCCAGGCGGCUACCCAACGGGCAGACUUGCCACGUG